CGCUCCUUCGAUUUCAGAUUUAUUUACGGUUUCUGACAUAACAUAUGACGAACACGGCGGCGAAGAUGGCGACGGAGACACCGAAGAUAGUGUGGAACGAAGGGAGACGGCGAUUCGAGACGGAGGAUCACGAAGCUUACAUAGAGUACAAGAUGAGAAACAAUGGUAAAGUGAUGGAUCUGGUCCAUACCUACGUUCCUUCAACCAAACGAGGAUUAGGUUUAGCUUCUCAUCUCUGCGUCGCCGCUUUCGAACACGCCUCCUCUCACUCCAUUUCCGUCAUCCCUUCCUGCUCCUACGUUUCGGAUACGUUUCUUCCUCGAAACGAGUCUUGGAAGCCUCUAGUUCACUCAGAGGAUCUCAAGUCUAGCAUCUGAAGUGAACUACUCUCCCUUCUCAUUGUGUGCUCUGUAAUAACAAAGUAAUAAUGUCGUCUCUUAACUAAAAUGUUCAAUAAUAAUCGUUGGUUGUGUGUAUCUUGAAACAUCUUGUAAUAAUCAAACUCAGAGCGACUUAAAUCUUUAUGGAUCCUAAAGCUUUCACGUAUCGAAAUUGAGCAGUUUAAUAGUA